CGGGGUAAGUCGGGUUGGCGGGUAGUUUCGUGGUCGCACUCGCGUGGUUUCGUCCGGCUUUCAGUUUAUAGACAGCGCUCUGUGAGGAAGCAUCGCGACGUGAGUGUCAUCGAAUUUCGAACUUUCUUUCGUGAUUAUUGAACAGUGAGUGACAGGAAUUUAAUAAGUGAUUUCAAGCCGUGGCAGCAGACAACGUUGUGCAGUAUGUCAAAGCGUCGUUUAGUUAUUUUCUCCGUCAUUUUACCAAGGGCAAAGAUUAUGGCAACGUAUCAACGCGGCAGUGUCUAAAACCGUUGACGAGGGAAGCAUGCGAAGAAAAUCGAGCGAAAGAAGAUUUCUCGACACGGAAAGGGCGGAUUCUCAAGGGAUUUCGUUAGAAAGAGUAUUGUUGCAAAUCGUCAGUACAACUGAGCAAAGUGCUUAAAAGCGUGCACGAUGGAAAACGUGCUGAUGAGAUAUAGACAAGUGGACGCAACCUUUCAAGUGUCGUUGUCAAGAAGUUAAUCGUCGCCAUGUCGAACCAGACAAAUACCACCGAUUUUAUCGAUUACGAUCUCAACGAGUCGUUCAGUCACUUCGACUGGGAGGAACUGGCACCCGUUCUCGUCGUCUAUUCCCUCACGUUUUUCCUCGGAUUAGUCGGAAAUGUCGUCAUCAUCGGUUCGACGCUGUGCCCGAGACUUAGACCUCUACCAUCCACACCGACUAAUGUCUUCCUGGGUGGCUUGGCAACGGCCGAUCUCCUCCUCAUACUCUUCUGCAUUCCCGUAAAGGUGGCCAAGCUGUUCUCCUACACGUGGACGAUGGGCCUGUUUCUAUGCAAGUCGGUGCAUUAUAUGCAGAGCGUCUCGGCUAUUUGCUCGGUCGUCACGUUAACCGCAAUGUCGAUAGAAAGAUAUUACGCUAUAGUUCAUCCAAUGCGGGCGCAGUACACUUGUACAAUAAGUCAGGCACGUAAAAUAGUAAUUACAACGUGGGUGGUGUCAUUCCUUCUCGGUAUUCCUAUGAUCUUCACACAGACGCAUAAGGAGGUUGGACUGAGGGUGAUUGCUUACUGGUGCGUACGCGAUUCGGAAUUUGGACUUUUGUGGCGUGCACACGAGGUUUAUAUGUUGGUCCUGGUUCUGGUGUUACCCCUGACCGUAAUGGGCUAUUGUUACACGGCUAUUUGUUGGGAGAUUUGGCGAGUUAUGAAACGUCGAUAUCACCUGACAUCUCGUCGCACACUGAAUCCGACAAACGUCGAUGUGGAAUCCAUACCAAUGACACAGAGGCAGAGCGUAAGAAAUAGUCGUCGUGCCCAGAGAGAGGAUGGCCAGACCGAAGAGGAAUCUCGAACGAUAAGACAGGUGGUGAAAAUGUUGGUCGCCGUGGUCGUGCUGUUUGUCAUUUGCUGGGGUCCGAUUCUCGUGGACAACAUGCUCACCUCCUACGGAUAUUUGCCACGCAUAAAAGUUGGCACGUACAAACACCUCAACACAGCUUUUCAGCUGAUGGCUUAUUUUAACAGUUGCAUAAAUCCGAUCGUAUACGGAUUUAUGUCAAAACACUUCAGAGAGAGUUUCCUAUCGGCGGCCUGCGGCGGAUGGUGGAUCUGUUGGUGCAGAAGAGGAUACAGAGCGCCUGUAAGACGGCAUCCAAGCCUCAGCCAGACCAGGACGACCAGUAUCAGGCUCGAAAGACGUUUACCCUGGUCGUCAGGCUGUGAUUCUGUUCCGCGAAUGAUGGACCUGAUUAUUUCGCCGUGCCCGGCCCACGUCGAGGCAGCUCUUCCACAGGUAAAACCAACCAAAGAAGCACCACAGAACAGGCCACGAAGAAAUCCAGAAGAAGUAAAGUGUUUUCCAAUAGUUCCUAACCGAGGAAGACGUUGCUAUUCACGUUUAUUAUUUUCAAAGACUCAUGUGCGAAUUUCAAAACCAUAUUCGGCGAUUUUUUCGCGAUUAUUUCGCGAAUCGUCGCAUUGCUCAAGUGUACAGAUGCUGAGAAUUGCUAUGAGAGAGAGAGAGAGAGAGUUUAGAUAGGAAUUCGUCGCAUGUGAUAUUCGUUUUGAAAAAAUUAUUCAACGAAAUGGUCGAGGCUUUCGCGUUGGAUUUUUACUAGAAUCUUUCUUUGAGAAAUGACCGAUAUAUUUCUUUAGAUGCAAAGGUUGCUCGUAUCAGAGAUUCCGUAAAUUCUAUUGGCAAGCCUCGUUCAUGAAAACCUCGAAAUUGGAUAUUGAUUAAUUGUCGUUUGCUUGUCUCUUCGGUCGAGAGGUUUAAUUGAAAGUUUUAUACAGGUAGACUGGCAAGUUUUUUGUUGCAAAGUGGACAGAUGUUUGCAAAAAUCGCAUAAACAUCAUCAUUCGUAUCUGUUUACGUGUUUACAUUAUUGACUAAUUGGAUGUAUAGAAUUUUUCAGUCGUUUAUGAAUUGUGUAAACGUACCAGAGAAGAUUAUCUGUUUCAGCUGUUUUUAGACGAACAUUUCUGAUUUGGGAUUGUCAUAGCGAAGCGGUAGAAGUGGUGUAGUGAAGUCUGUUAAACUUCUAAUAUUCCAAGUAAAUUCGCAAAUUGAUCAAAAGAACUUUCUCUCAUGACGAACACUAGUUUUUAAAUUAUCGUGACUACGAAUGAAACAGAUGGGAACUAAACACGUUCGUGAAGUUUGCAGGGUAAAUUCUUUCCAGAAUAUCGUUCAUCAAGACGAUGUAAUUUGAUUUGUCUACUACAUAGCUGUACAUAUAUAAGCAUAUAUGUUGUAAGUAUACAAAUAAUCUAUAUCGUCGCAGAGGCUUCGAAUUUUCUCAGCAAUCGCAUAAAAUUCUAUAAAGAAUAUACUAUACGGAGUAAUUUAAAAAAAAAAAUAUACAGAUGCGCUGUAAAAAAUCUUCACACAGUCCCGGUAUUACAUCGAUAAUUGUAGAUUCAACUUAAGUGUAUUAGCUAUCGACUGAAAAUCUUCACUGAUUUUCAACCAAUGGGAAAAAGAAUCGCUAAUUAACCGUAAAGUACUGUACGUGAAUUCUCUACGUAAUUUAAUCGCGGUUGAUCUAUAGAAUAUACUUUAGCAAAUUGUAUCAUAAUGUAGUAAUUGAAAUUUUCGUCAUUUUAAUUUCUCGUCGUUCUAGAUCCUAGCUAAUGGAUACGAAGAUUCCUACAGUACAGUUUUCAUCAUACGUUCAGGCAUAACAUCAUUCCACGAGUAAUGUAAUUUUAAUCCGCUGAAAUAUGGGAACAUCUCGGUUUUGAUACUUCAUUCGCGAAUAAUAUCGUCGAUCGUUUUCAGUGACGUUUUAACUCGUCUUCUGGAAAACUGAAAUAAUCUCCAUGUAAAAUAUUCAAUUACGUUACAUAUAACCGAAUUAAAGUUAAUCCUCUGAUGCAUUUGCACGCUUUAAAGUAUUUUUGGAAUAAAUGAAUUUAUCUUUUGUCACGAUGAAAUAAAUUUCCCCUUUUAAAUCACCGGUCUUCCAAAUUCUCUGAGUAAUCUAAUGUUGUUUCCGCUGCAUGCGACUAAACGUUAUCGCGAUAAAACAAACUUCGAUUUUAAUUCGGUAUUCUUUGCAAUCUUCUCCAACAACUGUGUUUAAAUUAAAACAGCACAUUCGCCUUGUAACUUCACCGCAUAAGUUAAAGAACGACAUUACUUACGGAAUGAUCCGACAAACGUUCAUCUCGUGGAGAAGAAACCGUAAUUUUCAAAAUUAUGCUUCGGUGUGUUAGAAGAGAGCUUUCGAAAUUACUCGACGAUCGUUGUUAAACCAUAAGAAAUUUUAGGAAACUUUGCAUUCCAUCUUGUCGGCAUUAGGAACUCACGAAAACUUCAUGCGUUCAAGGCAUUCAUUGUUACGUAGACUAUAAAGAGCUUCGUUGUAGUUUGAUCUCUGAAUGUGAAGACUCAAUUAAUUAGCUAAUUAACGACGAUGAACUGUGGCGAAGCUUAAUGACACCCCUAUCGAUCGACAACCUUCCGUUCGAAUUAAUUAUAGAUUCGCUUGGAUCUGUGCGAUCAGAAUGUAAUUGAAAAGAAUGUGUCUGUGUAUAUGCAUAUAUAUGCGCGUGUUAGUCAUUGUUGGAGCGAAAAGCGUGUCGUGUACAUGGAAAUAACGGGUGGUAUAAUUCAUACGCGACUCUAUGUCAUCGUGGUGUUAUAUUUUAUCCAUGGAAAGCUUGACAAAAUUGUCUUGCAGAGUCAUGCACCGGACUACUGGAUCAGAUAGGAAGCGUGAUUGUAUGUAAAUGAUUUUUCUUCGUGUUUAAUUUUAUAGGAAAGCGUCCAUAAAAUUGUAUCGAUUUUUUACGCCUGCGUUUGCAUGUAAAUAUUCGAAUAAACUGUGCAAAAUAUAUCUAA